AGUCGCUGAAAUGGAGGCAGAGGGGUGGGAGGCAAGCAACUUCUCGGAAGGCUACAACCUGGUUCUGGAUUCAGACCUGUAUGAUGCGGAUGGCUAUGAUGUCCCGGACCCUGGGCUGCUCACGGAAAAGAAUGAGUGGACUUUGACGGAGCCGCCGGAGGUCCUGCCCUUUCUGGCCAGCAGCCGGCGGUGGCCGAGCCUGACCCCACGCCCCCGUGCCCGCCAGCUGUGGCUGCUCUUGCGCAGCAGCCUCCACGAGGUUGUGGAAAAGGAGAAGAGAGCCGAGCUGCGCGUGGCGCGUCUGACGCACGGGCUGGAGCCCCUGCGCCGCUUGGAGGUGGCGGCCGGGCUGCGCUCGGUGGCGCAGGACCCUGCAGGCGGGCGCUUCGUAGUGCUGGACGGCGCGGGCCGCCUGCACCUGCACAAGGAAGACGGCUGGGCACAGGAGACGCUGCCGGCGCCCGUCGGGCUCACGGGGCUGGCGACCGUGCUGGGCCCGCUGGGCUCCGUGGGCCGUUUUGUAGGUUGGGGCCCCGCAGGGCUGGCCAUUCUGAGACCCGACUUCAGCCUGCUGUGGCUGAGCGAGCAGGGGGUGGGCAGGGCGCCGGGUUGGGCGCCCUCCUGCUGUCUGCCGGUGCCUGACCUCAGGCUGCUGCUUGUGGCGGAGACGGACGGCAGCCUGGCGCUCUGGCAGUUCCGCUCAGGUGGUCGCCGCUUGGUGCUGCGAGGGGCGCCACUGCAUCCGCCCCUGAGCCCAGCGGCCAGGCUCAUGCGUCUGGCUGUGGGGCCGACUCCUCCCCACAACGUUCUGCGCUGCUUCGCGGCCUACGGCUCGGCCGUGCUCACUUUCGAUCUGCAUGCCUGGGCUCUUGUAGACGUGCGCCGGGAUUUGCACAAAACCACCAUCUCGGACCUGGCUUACUGCGAGGAGGUGUUGGCAAUGGUGACAGCUUCCCGGGACAGCACCGUGAAGGUGUGGGAGGCUGACUGGCAGAUCCGGAUGGUGUUCGUGGGCCACGCAGGCCCGGUGACGGCUGUGGCUGUGCUCCCGAACACGACCCUGGUGGUGUCGGCCUCGCAGGACGGAACGCUGCGCACCUGGGACCUGCAGGCGGCGGCGCAGGUGGGCGAGGUAGCGCUGGGCUACUGGGGCCAGGACAAGCUGUCCGGGCGCGUGAGCCGUCUGCUGGCCCCAGUGCGCCCGGGCUGGCCAGUGCUGUCUCUGUGCGCCAGCAGCGCGCAGCUGUGGCGCGUGCGCGAGCUCUACUCGCCGUUAGCGCAACUGCCCGCCCAGGUGCUCCACCUGCAGGUGGCGCCCGCGCUGCCGGCGCCCGCGGAGCCGUCCCUGCCUACACGCCUCGUGUGCGCGUGCACGGACGGCUCGGUCUACCUCCUGUCGGCUGCCACCGGGCGCGUGGUGAGCGCGCUGCUGCUGGGCCCGGAGGACUGUGCGGCCGCCGUGGCCUAUUGCCUGCCGCGCGAGGCGCUGUGGCUGCUGACCAAGGCCGGGCACCUGGUCCGCGCCAACGCGGCGCGCUGCCCCAUGUCUGUGCUCCACCGCCUGUGCCCGCCGCCGCCCCCCGCGCCGCGGCCUUGCUGUCUGCACCUGUACAGUCACCUCAGGGACGUCGGAGGCGCCUUCUCCUCCUGGGAGGUUGUGCGCCAGCACCUGGGGGAGUUGCGCCGCAGCGCUGCGGCCGCCGCCUGGAAGAAUAAGAACCGGUACCUGCCCGUGGUGGGGCACACGGACGGCACACUGGCGGUGCUGGAGUGGCUCUCAUCGAAGACUGUCUUCCAAACGGAGGCGCACAGCCCGGGCCCGGUCGCCGCCAUCGCAUCCACCUGGAACAGCAUCGUGUCUUCGGGUGGGGACCUGACGGUAAAGAUGUGGCGCAUUUUUCCCUACGCGGAGGAGAGCCUGAGCCUGCUGCGCACCUUCUCCUGCUGCUACCCAGCCGUGGCGCUCUGUGCGCUAGGCAGGCGCGUCACCGUGGGCUUCGAGGACCCGGACAGCGCUACCUACGGCCUGGUGCAGUUCGGCCUGGGCGACAGCCCGCGAUUAGACCACCGGCCCCAGGACGACCCCACGGACCACAUCACCGGCCUGUGCUGCUGCCCGACGCUCAAGCUGUAUGCCUGCUCCAGCCUGGACUGCACCGUUCGCAUCUGGACCGCUGAGAACCGCCUCCUGCGGCUCCUGCAACUGAAUGGUGCCCCUCAGGCCCUGGCUUUCUGCAGCAACAGUGGAGACCUGGUGCUGGCACUGGGCUCCCGCCUCUGCCUGGUGUCCCAUAGGCUCUACCUGCCUACAUCCUACCUGGUUAAGAAGAUGUGCCGGAAGGCCCCGGACGUAGUGGAUGACCCUCCCCUGCCACUAACGAGCCAGGAGUCACUGACCUCCACCCAGCUGCAGAAGCUCACCAACCUCCAUGGGGCAGCCAGUCUCAGUGAGGCCUUGUCUCUCAUCCAUCGUCGGAGGGCAACAUCUCAGUACCCGGUGCUGAAGGAGGACUUGGAUGCCCUAGUGGCCCGGGACCAGGACCUUCAGCAGUUGAGACUGGGGCUAGUGGUCCCAGCAGCCCGGCCCCCACCCUCCUGGCAGCAGCGCCAGGAAGCCUUUGACAAUUAUCUACGUCUGAUCUACGGCUCUGGCCUGCUGGGUAUGCAGUCCAGAAGGGAGUCCCAGCGGUGGAGCACCGGGACCCUCACAGUGGAGAGAGAGACCUGGGAUGUGUGUGCCCUACCCCAAGCUGCUGCCUGUCUUGGGCAGGCUGAGGUCAGCACUGCAGUCCAAACAGUGCCAACAGCCCCGUCCCCACAGGACCUGGCGGCCCUGUGCCAGCACUUCUCCCGGCCUCCCCAAAACACAGUGCCUAUCCCACCCACCCACCAGAGGAUGCACAGCAAGGCAUCCCAGCUUCUGGCCCACUCCUCACUCAGCCACUACCUGGGCCUGAGUCUGGAGCUGCAGCUGCAGGUGGAGCGGCUCCAAGGAAGGACAACCAUGGCCCCAGACCUGCCACCCUCCCACCCGCAGUGCAGGAUCCCACUGUUGCCAAAGAGACGUCCCCAGGAACCUCUCUCUAACCUCGGGGGCUUCUUUCCUGCCACCGUGCAGCCCUACAAGUACUGCCCGAGGCCCAUCUGCUUCCCCGGCUGCGUGCCCAACUCUGUGGUGCUGCAGCAGCUGUGGCUGCCCGCGGAGGUCAGCGGCCUCGGAGCCCUGACCCAGCUCGCCUCCCAGAGAAAGCUCAAGGCAAGGGGUAGGGCUGGGGGCUUUGCCGGCAGGGGAGGGCUCUGCUGCCUUGCAGCCCAUCAGACACCACCUUUUGCCCCUCUGCAGUCAGGGGCAAGCCAGGAUGACCUGUGGCUGUGGCACCCCAGGCCAUCCCAAGCCCAGUGGCAGAGGAAGCUGCUCCAGUGGCUGGGGGAUAAGCCUAGGGAGGAGGAGGAGGAAGAGGAGGAGCAGGAGGAGGAGAAGGAGGAGCUGGACUGGGCCCUGGAUUCCCUGAGCCUGCACUCCAACCAGCAGCUGAAUUCCUGGGAACUGGAGGAUCAGAGCGCUGUGGACUGGACCCUGGAGCCCCGCCCUCAUCCCUGGCACCAUCACGGGCAUUUGCUCUUCGAUGAGCACUAUGGGCGUCUGCCCAAAUUUAUGCAUUUCUUCAUCUACCAGGCCUGGUUCAAAAAGUUAUUCCCCAUCUUCAGCCUGCAGGUGUAUCCGGAGGCGGGCACAGUGGAGGGCCUGGCCUCGAUGUUGGUGGCCCUGCUGAAGGAGACCACGUGGGCGGACCGCGCGCACAUCCUCCACGUGCUGCUGAGACUGCUGCCCGACACGAGCCGUGAUCUCCGCGGCCGGCUGCGGGGCCUGCUCAUACACUUGCUCAACCUGGACCAGCCCCCCAGCCUCCAGGACCAGACGCAGAAGAGGUUCGUGAUGCUGGCGCUGCAGCUGCUCCUGGCCUGCUCCCUGCAGUCCCGGGAUGUGGUGCUGGAGCUCAUGUCCUACUUGCUCUACGCCCCGCCACGCUGCCGGCCAGAGCUCAAGAAGCUGCUGCAUGGGCUGGGCCUUCAGGACCCGGAAGGCUUCCUGUUUGAGGAGAUGGUGACCUGGGCCCAGGACCCCAGCCUGGACUCCAAAGCCGCCCUGCGCACUCGCUGCUGCCAGAAACUGGAGGACAUGAUCCAGCAGCUUCAGGAGACCCCAUCGCAGGCUUCAGUGGUCUCUGGGGCACCCAAGCGUGCUUCUGUGACACCCUCGGGCACCUCCUGGUCACCCUCAAGUGUCUCCAGGAGGCUCUCACAGGUCUCAGAGGUGCCCUUGGCGGUGGUGUCACCUGUGGAGCUGCACUCGUUAGCCCCAGAGCUCCAGGCCAAUCGGACGCUGGCAUCGGCGAGCAGCUGGGGAACCCGCCGCGUGCUCUCGGAGGCGCUGCAGAGCUUCUGCCCGAAGCCCAGGGCCCGCGUGCACCCCGCUGGGCCUGCUGAGCUGCCCGGAGAGCCACUGCCGCUGGAGGAGACGGACUGGUCCCACGCGCAGCUGCUGGACUUGGGCGCCAUCGACGCGCUCAACAACUUCUGCGAGCAACUGCGGGUGCAGCUGUGGAGCGCCAUCCAGGAAGAGACAGCACACUCACACCCGCCAGGGCUGGAUGCGGGGGUGCCGGUGCCCAACGUGGUGCUGCCGGUACCCGACGUGGUGCUGCCGGUGCCUGACGUGGUGGUGCCACCACCCCAGGAGCACUGGUACCGCCCGAUCCUCCGGCUGCAGGAGGCCAAGGAGCAGAGGUCUGCGAGGUCCACGAUGGGACUGAGGGGCCCGAUGCCAUCCCGGCUCUGUGCCAGCCGCACCCCGGACGGCCCCAUCCGGAUGCUGAAGCUGCCCCUGCCGCGAGUAGAGCUGCAGCCGUUCCCCUCCGACUGGCCCACGCCUGCCCGCCCACGGCCCCCGAGGCUCCUGCAGCCCGCCUUGCAGCGAUACUUUCUGCCGGAAGACGCGGACCCUGACACCUACAGCUGACCGGGCUGGUGGCCUCAGCCCGCCUGGCUCUGGGGCCUGCCAUUGGUAUUUGGCCACGACCCGAGUCUGGAAUAAAGCUCAGAGCCUUCUUCGUGAUGCUGCCUCCUUUGGAGGGCCCUGGGGCACGCAGGGAGGGCAGGCAUGUGGCCUGAGCCCACAGUGGCAGUGGAAGGCAGGAGCUGCAGGCCUGGCAGAGGUGGUCAGCCUGGGCACCAGCAUUUCCAGAGGGGUGGCUGGCCUAGGGCAGAAGAGACCCAUAGCAGGGCACCAUCGGCUAGGCACUGAGCAAACAUUUUCUGCUCAAGUACUAGGUGUUGAGAUGCGGGCUGACCUUAGAGAGUGUGUCCUGAUGUGGAGGGGGGGCCGGGAAGGGCAGCCACGGGAGGAGCCUUCCAGGUCGAUACAAGUGAGACCAGGAGUUUGCAGACCUUGCUUUCUUGUUACUUUUAUUCUGGAAAACAGAAGAAUUGACAAAGGCACCAGGAGCUUUUAUCUGAGCAGCAAUG